AAAACGAGUCGUCUCUAAGCCGGUGAUCAUCUCUCGAGUCGGAAAUAAGACGUGUGUGUCGGGAAAUCAAAUUCCAGCUGGCGCUUCCUGAAACAAAUCCGCGAAGAUCACGCCGUGGAAUUUCGGAAAAGUUUCCUGAUUCAAUCGUCUUGCUGCUCGUACACUCAAGAUGAUGCUCAGACGCGUACUGACAAUGAGCAGGCCUCUGGCUAUGCAACAGAGAGGCACCCAUUUCUACGGUCUAACAGAAACACAUGAAAUGAUUCGGCACACAUGCAGAGACUUCGCCGAGAAGGAACUGAAGCCGAUCGCUGGUAAAAUCGAUAAGGAGGAGUUAUUCCCAAAAGAACAGAUUAAGAAACUUGGCGAACUGGGAAUGCUGUCGAUGAUGACACCAGCGAAAUAUGGAGGGGCUGAGCUCGACACUUUGUCCUAUGCGAUCGCUAUGGAAGAGAUCUCCCGAGGUUGCGCCACAACCGGAGUCAUAAUGAGUGUCAACAACUCGUUGUACAUAGCCGGCAUCCUGAAGUUCGGAACAGAGGAGCAGAAGAAGGAAUGGGUCACGCCAUUCACAAAGGGUGACCACAUCGGCUGCUUUGCACUAUCGGAGCCCGGAAACGGUUCGGACGCUGGAGCUGCGAGCACCACAGCGAGAGUCAGUGGAGAUAAAGUUGUCCUGAAUGGGACCAAGGCCUGGAUCACCAACGCUUUCGAGGCGGAGGCCACUGUCGUAUUUGCCACAUUCGAUAAGGCGAAGAAACACAGGGGUAUCAACGCGUAUCUAGUUCCCAUGCCAACGAAUGGCCUCUCACGCCCUAAGAAAGAAGAUAAGUUGGGAAUUCGGGGAUCCUCGACCGGACCCUUGAUUUUCGAAGACGUUGAGAUUCCGGCAGCGAAUCGGUUGGGCAAGGAUGGCGAAGGGUUCAAAAUCGCGAUGACCAUCUUGGAUGGUGGUCGAAUCGGUAUCGCAGGGCAGGCUUUGGGAAUCGCCCAGGCGGCCCUGGAUUGCGCCAUCGAGUACACCGGCAAGCGAGAAUGCUUCAACCAGCCUAUCCACAAGCUACAAGGAAUCCAGUUCAAACUCGCGGACAUGGAAAUGAAAUUGCAGUCGGCGCGCUUAUUGACCUACCAAGCAUGCUUUCUCAAGGACCAGGGCAAGAAGUUCACCAAGGAGGCGGCGAUGGCGAAGUGUGCCGCCAGUGAAGCCGCCACGUUUUGCGCUCAUCAGGCGAUUCAGAUUUUGGGCGGUAUGGGCUACGUAAGAGAUAUGCCCGCCGAGCGACAUUACAGGGACGCUAGAAUCACCGAGAUUUACGAGGGCACGAGUGAAAUCCAACGAGUCGUUAUAGCGAGCAACCUCCUCAAAGAAUAUGGGGUGGUUUGAACAAUAGGCAAACUUGGACUGUGGCGAUAGCUCAUUCAUGAUCGGAGACCCUUGUAGAUCUACGAAAAGCAAUGAACUCGAAUAAAAACUUCGAAACUUCCUCUACCGCGCGUUCGUG